AUGCCUGAUGCUGAGAACCAGAGCUGGAGCGAUGACAAACCUAAAGGAGAAAAAGAAAUAAAGGACAUGAAAACUGUGAGUCUCCUGGAGGUGAAUGGGAGCGUUCUGGAAUAUCAAAAGAUGAUUAAACAAGUCACUGGCAAAGGUGCUAUCCUGAGCUAUUACGGCUAUGGCUGCUACUGUGGGUCAAAAGGCAAGGGGGAACCAAAGGAUGCCACGGAUUGGUGUUGUCAUAUUCACAACUGCUGCUAUAAAAGGCUGAAGGAGAGCAACUGUCACGGACACACCAAGCGGUAUGAUUAUGCCUACAAGAAUGGGAAUAUAAUCUGCGGUGAGUCCUCUCCCCUUGGAAAAAUGGGGACCUGGAAAAGCUGUGAGAAGAUGAUCUGUGAGUGUGACAAAACUCCUGCAGCGUGUUUCCAAAAGGCUGCCAAGACCUACAACACAAAAUAUAACCAUUACCCAGAUUUUAUAUGCAAGGGAGAAACUCCCUCUUGCUAA